GCAACUCUCUUUUCGGUUUUCUGCCUGUGUGUUGAUGACUGCGGGAAAAUUUGCUGCCGUGUGUAUUUUGCAAAUAAAUCGCUGAAAAUGGCUAAGAAGAAAAGUGAGGAGCAUUCAGGCACCGAUGCCAACGAUAGCGACUAUAAUGAGGAACCAAAUUUCGAAGAUCCGCCUAAUUUUGUAGAUAAUAUUAGCGAUGAAGAUUUAUUGGGCGAUAUGAUAGCCCAGCGCCCGUCGGAGGCCGAUGGUGUUGAAAGCGUUGUUGUUGUCGACAACAUACCAAAAGUGGAGCCUAGCCGCUUGGACAAACUUAAGUCGGUGAUUAACAAGCUGUUCUCGCAUUGCGGUGACAUUGUGAAUGUGGUUUACCCGGUUGAUGAAGAAGGAAAAACGAAGGGCUAUGCAUUCAUGGAGUACAAGCACGCCAACCAGGCAGAAGAAGCUGUUAACAAAUUGAACAAUCAUCGCCUGGACAAGAACCACACCUUUGCCGUGAACUUGUUUACUGAUUUCCAAAAGUAUGAAAAUAUACCGGAAAAGUGGGACCCACCGACGGUCCAGCCUUUUAAAGUGCAAAACGAUUUGUACAAUUUUAUAAACGAUCCCGAUGCGUAUGACCAGUACUGUGUUGCUGCCGAGACAGCGCAGAGCUGCGUACAAGUUGGAUUUUGGCAAAAUACUCUGCCUGAACCCACCGAGCUGGAGACGCGGGAACGCUUCACAGACACUUUUGUUAAAUGGUCCCCCCUAGGCACAUAUGUGGUUACUUUCCACAAGCCUGGCGUGGCCAUAUGGGGUGGCAGCAACUUUCAGAAGAUACAAAAAUUUCCACACCCAGGUACUCAGUUUGUUGAGUUUUCGCCUUGCGAAAAUUACCUGGUCACCUACGGCCCAACGCCAACCGGUCAAAAGAUUAUUAUUUGGGACAUACGCACAGGUGCGGAAAAGCGUUCCUUUGUAGCGGACAGCAUGACCAUGCUUUCUAUGUUCCGUUGGUCGCACGAUGACAAGUUUGUGGCACGCAUGGGUGAAAGCUCCAUACACAUCUAUGAGACGCCAUCGUUUUACCUCCUAGAUAUGAAAUCCAUAAAGAUACCCGGUAUACGUGGAUUUUCCUGGUCGCCAACUGAUAAUGUGAUUGCUUAUUGGGUAGAGGAGCAGAAUCAGAUACCCGCCCGAGUGACGCUCAUGGAGAUCCCAAAAAAACGUGAGACACGCAAUAAGAACCUCUUUCAUGUCGCCGACUGUAAGCUACACUGGCAAAAGUCUGGCGAUUAUCUCUGCGUGAAAGUCGAUCGGUACUCAAAAUUGAAAAAAGAUAAAAAAGAGCUUGAUGUCAAGUUUUUGGGCAUGUUCUACAACUUCGAAAUAUUUCACAUGCGUGAAAAGGAGAUACCCGUAGAUUCCGUGGAAAUUCGCGAACUUAUCUUGGCCUUCGCUUGGGAGCCAAUCGGCAAUAAGUUUUCCAUUAUACAUGGUGAGCCCAACUCAUCGAAUGUGAGUUUCUAUGAAGUCAAUAAAGGUGUUAAGCCGAGUUUGGUGAAGAAGCUGGAGAAGAAGUCCUGUACGCAUUUGUUCUGGUCGCCGCGAGGUCAGUUCAUCGUCAUGGCCAAUCUGACCAUGGGCACAUUUGAGUUCGUAGACACAACAAAUGACUAUAUUAUCAGCGCCUCGCCGGAUCAUUUCCGUGCCGGAGAAGUUGAAUGGGAUCCGACAGGCCGCUAUGUUGUGACCGGUGUUUCAUCGUGGAAAGUUAAGGAAGAUACGGGUUUCAAUAUGUACACUUUCCAGGGUCGUAUUAUUAAACGCACCAUCCUGAAGAAUUUCGUUCAGUUCUUAUGGCGCCCACGACCACCUACCUUACUUUCCGAGGACAAGCAGAAGGAGAUCAAGAAGAACUUGAAGAAGUACUAUCCAGUCUUUGAGCAAAAGGAUCGCUUGCGGUUGACCCGUGCAUCAAAAGAGCUGCUCGAGAAACGGGCGCAGCUGCGAGAGACGUUCAUGGAGUACCGCAACAAGCGAAUUGCCGAAUGGAAGGAUCAAAAGAGUAGACGCGUCAUGCUCAGAGGGCAUGUGGAUACGGAUGAUUUGGAAACAGAUGAGGUCGAUGAAGAAAUUGUUGAAUUUUUGGUCAAGGAAGAAAUAACCGUCCUGGAGUAAACGACCCCCAGACCAUUCUGUUUGCUAACUGUUUGCGCCCAACUGCAAAUAUUGACCUAUUAACUAGUGUCCUACAUUAAAAAAAACGCGACUACACUCUAGUUAAAUUUGACUGGGGUCUGUUUCAAUCCAGUAGCGCGUUUUUGCAGACUACGUCAAACAUAUUACAUCAUUGCAUACCUACAUUAUAAUCAGUCCUUAAGCACUAAAGUAAAGUUACACUACACAACACAAUCUUAA